CCCCCGCAGUCCACACACCGCUCCACCUACCCGAGAGCCAGCGUUGGUGCCCGCAGCCCAGGCGCCCCGCGGUCGCCUCAGCCUCGCCCCGCGCCACCGCGCAGCCCGCCUGCCGUACGUCCGGAGCCCUCCUCGCCGCCACGCUGCACGCCCGGAGCUCACCCACUGUCCUCGCGGGGACAGGGGGCGCCGCCACCGUCAUGCUGCCUGCCAUCUACACGGCCCUGGCGGGGCUGCUGCUCCUACCGCUGCUGGUGAACCUCUGCUGCCCCUACUUGUUCCAGGACAUGCGUUACUUCCUGCGGCUGGCCCGAGUGGCCCGGCAGGUGCGCAGCUACGGGCAGAGGCGGCCGGUGCGCACCAUCCUGCACUUCUUUCUGCAGAAAGCGCGCCAGACCCCGCACAAGCCCUUCCUGCUUUUCAGCGACGAGACGCUCACCUACUCGCAGGUGGACCGGCUCAGCAACCAAGUGGCACGGGCGCUGCGGGACCACCUCGGCCUGCGCCAGGGAGACUGCGUGGCGAUCUUCAUGGGCAACGAACCAGCCUACGUGUGGCUGUGGCUGGGCCUGGUCAAACUGGGCUGUGCCGUGGCGUGCCUCAACUACAACAUCCGCGCGAAGUCCCUGUUGCACUGCUUCCAGUGCUGCGGCGCGAAGGUGCUACUGGCCUCGCCAGAACUACAAGAUGCAAUUGAAGAGGUGCUGCCAAGCCUGAAAAAAGAUAAUGUGUCCAUCUAUUAUGUGAGCAGAACUUCUAACACGGAGGGGGUCGACUCUUUACUAGACAAAGUAGAUGAAGUCUCAGCGGAAACUAUUCCAGAGUCAUGGAGGUCUGAAGUCACUUUUUCCACUCCUGCCUUAUACAUUUAUACUUCUGGAACUACAGGUCUCCCGAAAGCCGCGAUGAUCAAUCACCAACGCCUGUGGUAUGCAGCUAGCUUUUCCACUGCAGUUGGGGUUAAGGAAGACGAUGUCAUCUAUACCACCCUACCCUUGUACCAUAGUGCUGCACUGAUGAUUGGCAUCCACGGAUGUAUCCUGACUGGUGCUACUCUUGUUUUGCGGAACAAGUUUUCAGCCAGCCAGUUUUGGGAUGACUGCAGAAAAUAUAAUGUCACUGUCAUUCAGUAUAUCGGCGAACUUCUUCGGUAUUUAUGCAACUCACCCCAGAAACCAAAUGAUCGCGUCCAUAAAGUGAGACUAGCAAUAGGAAAUGGCUUGCGAGGAGAUGUGUGGAGGGAAUUCAACAGGAGAUUUGGGGACAUUUGCAUUUAUGAGUUCUACGCUGCCACUGAAGGCAAUAUUGCCUUUAUGAAUUAUACGAGAAAAAUCGGUGCUAUUGGGAGAGUAAACUACCUACAGAAAAAAGUCAUAGCUUACGAUCUGAUUAAAUAUGAUGUGGAGAAAGAUGAGCCUGUGCGAGAUGGAAAUGGAUAUUGCAUCAGAGUUCCCAAAGGUGAAGUUGGACUCCUUGUUUGCGGAAUCACACAAUUUGCGCCCUUUAGUGGCUAUGCUGGAGGAAAUACUCAGACAGAGAAGAAAAAACUGAGAGACGUCUUUAAGAAAGGAGACCUCUAUUUCAAUAGUGGCGAUCUCUUAAUGAUUGACCAUGAAAAUUUCAUCUACUUCCAUGACCGAGUUGGAGAUACUUUCCGCUGGAAAGGGGAAAAUGUGGCCACCACUGAAGUUGCUGAUACAGUAGGACUGGUCGAUUUUGUCCAAGAAGUAAAUGUUUAUGGAGUGUCUGUGCCAGGUCAUGAGGGUCGAAUUGGCAUGGCUGCGAUCAAAAUGAAGGAAAACUAUGUAUUUGAUGGAAAGAAACUCUUUAACCAUGUUGCCGAUUACCUGCCCACUUAUGCAAGGCCCCGGUUUCUUAGAAUACAGGACACCAUUGAGAUUACCGGAACUUUUAAACACCGCAAAGUGACCCUCAUGGAGGAGGGCUUUAACCCUGCAGUCAUCAAAGAUGCCUUAUAUUUCUUGGAUGACAAAGCAGAAAUGUAUGUGCCGAUGACUGAGGACAUUUACAAUGCCAUAAAUAAUAAAGCUCUGAAACUCUGAAUAUUUCUAAGAGGCUAAUUCACAUUUCCAGAAAGAAACUGAAUGAACCUAGUACAGCCACUUGAUGUAAUCCAACCUUAAUUUGAUUGAAGAUUACAAGAUGUAAUUUUUUAUGCAUUCCAAUAAGGGCUUUUUAAAAUUACACCUGAACCUUUACAUGUGAAAAUAUUUAGAGAUAAGUAUUUUUCAAUUCGCACCUUCCAUUCGUAUUUGCAGAUCAAGCUUGUUAGAGGGUGCAUUAUUUUUUUAAAUAUAUAAUAAAAUAGAUGAAUGCCAACAGAUGCGAUGGCAUUGUCUCUUUCCUGACUAUUCUAA